AUGAGCCCACGAACUCGUCGACAGGCUGCAAAGGCCUCGAAUGCCUCUUCUUCUGAUUCCGAGGCAGAAGUUAAGUCCAACGGCAACGGUAUUGCCCAUCGCGCGGAUGUUUCGGACGAUGCCCCUCGCGAGAACAUCUUCCUCUUCUACCCCAACAUUAUUGGAUAUGCGCGCAUCGUUCUCGCCAUCGCGUCUCUAUACUACAUGCCCCUCCACCCUCGCACCUGUUCUUUCCUUUACAGUGUGUCAUGUCUUCUCGAUGCUCUUGAUGGCUACGCCGCGCGUAUCUACGAGCAAUCAACCCGCUUCGGCGCUGUCCUCGACAUGGUUACCGAUCGCUGUACCACCGCUUGUCUUAUCGUCUUCCUUUCCUCAGCUUUCCCUCGAUGGGCUAUUGUUUUCCAGGGUUUGAUUGCUCUGGACCUUGCCAGCCACUACAUGCACAUGUAUGCUACUCUUGUAGUUUCGGGCAGUAAUGCCAGCCACAAGAGCAUUGAUGAGAGCAAGAACUGGCUGCUUCGCCUCUACUACACCAACAAGGGUGUUCUCUUCGCCCUUUGCGCUCUCAACGAGCUCUUCUUCAUUGCGCUAUACCUUCUCUGCUUCUCGUCCCCUCUCGUCUCGCCAUACCUCAUUAAGCCUAUCGAGAUUGUCGGUGCCGAGCUUCAAGCUGGUGCCCAAGUCAACACCUCGAUCCUCGCUCAGAUCUUCCCCGAUCCCUUCAGUCCUGCAGCUCUUGAGCUUGCUCGUGCCAACAAGAUGGACUCUACAGUGCCCUGGAUCAUUGCUGGUAUCAGCUUCCCUUUUAUGUUCAUGAAGCAAUUCAUCAACUGCGUUCAGCUUUACAACGCCAGCCAAGGUCUGGCCGAGAUUGAUCUGAAGACUCGUCGGGAACAGGGUCUUCCUCGCCCCAAACCUAAGAAGGCUUAA